GUAGGGCGGGGCCGGCAUGUUGCUCGCUGUCUGUCAUGUCAGGAUGCUGAAGGUGGCCACCGGCUUGUUUGUGGCGCUGCUCCUGGCGCUUAUAUUGGGCAAGUACAGCAGCACGGGGCGAAGGGCACAGCUGAGUGCCAGGCAUGUUACAGAAGGCGGCCCUGUGCCCGGACGGAAUCUCCGCAACCUUUUCUGGGCUGUGCAGGUGACUGAUAUCCAUGUCAGUAAGUUCUUAGAUCCUCUGCGGGUAUCGGAGUUUGAAUCCUUCUGCACUGAAAGCCUUUCUAUCAUCGGCCCCUCACUUGUUCUUGUAACUGGGGAUCUCACAGAUGGAAAAACAAAGGACAAGAUGGGCUCAGACCAAUUUGAAGAGGAAUGGCGGAUUUACCAGUCUGUGCUUAAAAAGUCACACAUCUUGGAAAAAACAACCUGGAUAGACAUUCGUGGAAACCAUGAUUCAUUUAACAUUGCAGACCUGAGCAACAGCAAUAACUACUACAGGAAAUAUUCAGCAUGGCAAAAAGAAGGCUCCUUCCACUAUGUUCAUCGCACUCCAUUUGGAAAUUAUUCUUUCAUUUGUGUUGAUGCCACCCUCACCCCAGGACCGAAGAGGCCUUAUAACUUCUUUGGCAUACUUAAUCAGAGUCAGAUGCAGAAGUUGUCUGUGCUCGCCAGCGAGAGUUUACAUAGUAACCAGUCUGUGUGGUUUGGCCAUUAUCCAUCUUCAACCAUUGUGUCACCUUCUCCCGGCAUCCGGGCAGUGAUGAGUUCAGCAGUGGCGUAUUUGUGCGGUCACCUGCACACACUAGGAGGGUUAGCCCCUGUUCUGCACUCCCAGCAUCAAAAAGGGACAUUAGAGCUGGAAUUGGGAGACUGGAUGCAUAACAGAAGAUAUCGCAUAUUUGCCUUUGACCAUGACCUGUUCAGCUUUGUAGACCUCCUGUAUGAUGAAUGGCCGGCUAUCCUGAUCACCAACCCUAAAUCUGCCCUUUACACAAAUCCAGCAGAAGAGCCUUUACAGUGGAUCCUGCACUCAACACAUAUAAGAAUCUUGGUAUUUUCUCCGGACCCUAUCACUUCAGUAAAGGUGUUCAUAGAUGGAGUUGAAGCCGGGGACGCUGUGCACUCAUCUGGUCCACUAUAUGUUUUGGAAUGGACGGCUGAAAAAUAUAAGAGCGGGCUUCAUGAGAUCAAAGUCAAAGUUAAGGAUGCAUCCCAAAGAAGUCGAUCUAGAAGCCACUUGUUCAGCUUAGAAGAUAAUGCAGCUGUCAGCUUUAGCAUUUUUCCAUCUUUAAUUCUUCUUACUGAUCAUUAUAUUGUAUCACAAGUGCUGUUCAUUCUGAUUGUACUGAGUCAGCUCAUAAUACUUAUUUUUUACCGGUUUAGAAGGCGAAAUGUUCUUAGAGGCCCACCUGGAUGUUUCACACUGGCCUCAUUUUCCAUGCAUGUACUAAGCAAAAACAAUACUUUCUUCUAUGCCAUCUUUCUACUCAAUUUUUAUACAGCAGUUGGUCCCUGGUUUAUUGGAGAAAUAAUUGAUGGCCAUAUAGGAGUUUGCUUUUCGUUUGGAGUGGUUGUCGGGGGUCAUUUCUUAGAAGGAAGCAUGACGUAUAUGGUUGGAAUAACACAGAUGGUGUUCUUUAAUAUUCCCUUGACUAUGUAUCUCUGCUGGUGUCUGUUGCUGCGAUGUAGAGGUUUCAGUUUCUUUUCCCAUCUGAAGCAUAGCAGGAAGAUAGUCUGCAUUCCAAUUCAUUUCUUCAUGGUUCUCCUCCUGGCAUGGCAAAUCUUCUCCGUCUUCUUCUUGAUGUUGACCUAUGGCACCUUAGCCACUUUCCUCUCGCCAAUGAAGCUGUGGCUGGUGGUCGCCACACUGAUCUUGGGUAGGACAGUAUGGGUAUACAACUCGGCAGAACUGAGAUCUUACAUAAUAGAGUUAAAAAACUGCCAAAGCACAUGACCCUAACUGGCCUGUCAUCUAUACCAGAUACGCUGUAUGUGGUAUAUUCAACUAAUGUAAUCCUCAAUGACCUAUAGCACGUCAAGAUGUGAUGGGACAAUUUACUGCUUUCUCUCAUUUUGAUUUGCUGGAUUUCUGUCUCCACAUUAAAGGGGUACUCCGCACCCCUAGACAUCUUAUCCCCUAUCACGCCCCGCCUCCCUCAGUGCAAGUCUAUGGGAGGGGGCGUGACGGACCUCCCAUAGACUUGUAUUGAGGGGGCGGGGCGUGAUGUUACACAGGGCGUAGUCGUGACAUCAUACUCUUCCGCCAUUGUGGUCGGGAUCCGAAGCCUCCAACGUUGCCGGUGUGAGGUGGAAGCCGUACAGGUGGGUGCUGCAGCCGGUAUCCCGGGGGUUCCAAGCAGCAGGACCCCUGCGAUCUGAGAUCUUAUCCCCUAUCCUUUGGAUAGGGGAUAAGAUGUCUAGGGGUGCGGAGUAUCCCUUUAAUCUCACAUGAGUUAUCUGAUUGGAUCGGAAGGUAUAAAUUUACAACCUCAAAAGCUUGUAUGAGCUGAAAAAUUCAAAAGUUGAAACAAAAUAAUAUUUGAGAAUGUAUCAUUAGAAAAGGACAUUAUUUAAAUCAGGUGUUUAUUAUAAAUACCUUUUAAAGGAGUAGUCCAGUGGUGAAAAACGUAUCCCCUAUCCUAAGGAUAGGGGAUAAGUUUCAGAUCGCAUUCUCCUGUACAGGGCCCCUGCAGCCCGCGAUCCUGUACAGGGCCCCCCCGUGAUCUCCUGUACAGGGCCCCUGCAGCCCGCAGGAAUGGGGCGUGUUGACCACCGCAUGAAGUGGCCGCUGACACGCCCCCUCAAUACAACUCUAUGGCAGAGCCGGAGCGCUGCCUUCGGCAAUCUCUGGCUCUGCCAUAGCGCAGUAUUAAGGGGCAUGUCAGCCGCCGCUUUGUGCGGUGGUCGACACCCGUUAUCUGGCCAGAUACCCGGGGCCCCGUACAGGAGAUCGCGGGGGGCCCCAGCGGUCGGACCCCCGCGAUCUGAAACUUAUCCCAUAUGUUUUUCAGCAUUGGACUACCCCUUUAACCUCUUAAGGACUCAGACCAUUUUCACCUUAAGGACUCAAAACAAUCUUAGUUUUUGCACUUUCGUUUUUUCCUUCUUAUCUUCUAAAAAUCGUAGCGCGUUCAAUUUUGCACCUACAGACCCAUAUAAGGGCUUGUUUUUUGCGUCACCAAUUGUACUAUGUAAUGACAUUACUAAUUUUAUAGCAAUCUGCGGCAAAACAAAAAAAUAAUAAUUGGUGGGGGGUGAAAUGGGAAACUAACUGCCAUUGUGCAACUUUUUAGGGCUUCCGUUUCUGCGCAGUGCACUUUUUGGUAAAAAGGACGCCUUAUUUUUAUUCUGUAGGUCCAUGCGGUUACAAGGAUACCUAAUUUAUGUAGGUUUUAUUUAUUUUACUACUUAAAAAGUUAUAACUACUUGCACCAAAAUUAGUAUGUUUAAAAUUAUCAUCUUCUGACCCCUAUAACUUUUUUAUUUUUCCGCGUAUGGAGCUAAUGAGGGCAUAUUAUUUGCGCUGUGGUCUGUAGUUUUUAUCGGUACCAUUUUUGUUUUGAUGGGACUUUUUGAUCUUUUUUUUUUUUUUUUGGUAUAUGAAGUGACCAAAAAUUCAAAAUUUACGUGUUACGUGUACGCCAUUGACCAGGCGGUUUAGCUAACCUUAUAUUUUAAUAGUUUGGACAUUUACGCACGCGUCGGUACCACAUAUUAUUAUUUUUUAUUACAUUAUUUUAUUUAAAAAAUUGGAAAAGGGGGUAAUUCAAACUUUUAGGGGGGGCUUAUUCACAUUUAUUCAAUUUAUUUUACCACUUUACUUUUAUUUUUUUAUCCCCCUUAGGGGGCUAUAACAUGCAAUCUUUUGAUUGCUUACACUGAUCAAUGCUAAGCCAUAGCAUUGAUCAGUGUUACCGGCGCUCUGCUGCUCCAGCCGCCUGCUCAGGAGGCUUGGAGCAGUAGAUCGCCAAUCGGACGACGAGGAGGCAGGUGAGGACUCUCCCGUCGUCCAGUAAGCUGAUCGGGACAUCGCUAUUCUGUCGCGAUAGUCCUGAUCAGCUCCACUAAGCUGCCGGGAUAGUUUUACUUUCACUUUAGACACCGUGAUCAACUUUGAUCGCGGUGUCUAAAGGGUUAAUGCUGGGCAUCGGCCCGAUCGGCGGGUCCUGGCAUUAGCUGGGUCCUGGCUGCCCAGAGCAACCGGGACCAACCGGGUUCAACUCGUUCUCCGCUCGUGAGAACGGUUUAAACCCCGUUAGCAGGACACAGGACUUACAAGUACACCCUGAGUCCUUAAGUGGUUAAAGUUUAUAACUUAUCACCUGUUUACAGGAUAGGUGAUCAGUAUGUGGUCUAUUGGGGGUCUCUUUGCACUGUUAAGUGGAGUAACAGUGUAUUUGCUUGAUCAUGGCUCCAUUCACUCGCUGUGGAAAUGGCAGAUAACCAUGCGCUGUAUUUGACUAUCUUUAGCAGUCCCAUAGCAAGCGGCAGAUCCAUGGGAGCUGCAACCUCAUUCACUUGGGGGAUGACACCUACAUCGUGAUCGGUGGUGGUCCCAGUGGCCAAGCCACCCACUGAUCAACACUACUUAUCACCUAACCGGUAAAUAGGUGAUAAGUUAUAAUCUUAGGAUAACCUCUUUUAAAAGUUGUAUUGUAAAAAAGAAAAUUAAAAACGCACCAAAAGAGAGGGGAAGAAAAUGUAGAACAGAAACGAUAAUCCUAUAUAGGGUGAUUUGAUUUAAUUCUUUGUGAUCUAUUUUUUAUUUAUUUACAAUUUGUCGGGCAUUUGGAGCAUCUAAUCUUUUUCAUGCUGCCUGAACCGGGUGGUCCUCAGCUUGUCCUCACCCCGCCAGCCUUGAUUGAUCUUGCUUCAUUUCCAAAAGGGAAGCAGGGCAGGCAAAAGCCGCUGAGGUCUGUCCUUAUGACUGGAAGUACAGGCAGCAUGAAAGUGAUGACCGGCCCCUUUUUAAAGGGUACCUCUCAUCAAAUAAACUUUUGAUAUAUUUUAGAUUAAUGAAUGUUGAAUAACUUUCCAAUAGCAUGUUAAUGAAAAAUAUGCUUCUUUCUUUUGUAUUUUUCCCGAUCAGUCCUGUCA